AUGUCCACAAACUCGGAGCCGAAAACCAAAGCGGGUGAGCAGGCGGAUGGUGAGGAUCAGGCUACAGAAGGCAUUGAGCAUGAUGAUACCCUGAAGUAUCAACUUCUUGGACCGUCUUUGACCAAGGCAGGCCAGGAUAAAGUAGAUCAGCAGAAAGUAUCGGAGAUCAUAUACAACGCCUCGAAGGGGUCGAAAUUCUUCAACCACGAAAGAGCCCGGGAUCAAGUAUUGACAGAAAAGAUCCAGAAGAUAUUGGCGCACAAGGAAAUAAUAGAGAAACAAGAUCUAUCCCACAGCACCCGACUGGCCGAUGAAUACAUCGCGGAUCUUGAACUCCGCCGCGAUUUGUCACAGUCUAUCGUGCACAUUGACUGCGAUGCCUUCUUUGCAGCCGUUGAAGAACUAGACAGACCCGAGUUACGGGAUGUGCCAAUGGCCGUUGGUAAAGGAGUCCUAACGACUUGCAACUACCAUGCUAGGAAAUUUGGAUGUCGAAGUGGCAUGGCCAGCUUUGUGGCCAAAAAGCUGUGCCCCGAGUUGAUCUGCAUACCCCAGAAUUACGAAAAGUAUACUGCAAAAGCGCGAGAGAUCAGAGCAAUUCUGGCGAACUAUGACCCGGAAUUUGAGAGUGCUAGUGUUGAUGAGGCGUAUCUUAACAUCACCCAAUACUGUGCGGCCAACAACGUUGACCCCCAGGAUGCUGUACAGCAGUUACGUGAUGAAGUUUUCGCCCAAACAGGAGUAACAGUCUCAGCCGGAAUUGCAGCCAAUGCCAAAAUUGCGAAGAUAACGUCGAAUUGGAAUAAGCCCAACGGUCAAUUCCACGUCCCGAGCGAGCGAGCUGCGAUCAUGGAUUUCAUGACCAAGAUUCCAGUUCGCAAGGUCAAUGGUGUCGGUCGAGUAUUCGAGCGUGAACUUGGUGCAAUUGGGAUAACGACGUGCGGUGACAUCUAUCAGUUUCGUGGUAUGCUGAGUCAACUCUUCGGCCAAAAGGCGUUCUGUUUCUUGAUGCAGUGUUAUUUGGGUCUUGGAAGAACACAAAUCCAACCAGCAGGCACAUUCCCAAGGAAAAGUGUCGGGACAGAGCACACUUUCGCAGAUUUGGGUGAUUUUCACCAACUCCAAGAGAAACUGAAGUGGACGGCAUCUGCACUUGAGAAAGACUUACGCGCCGCAGAGACAAAAGGUCGCACCCUUGUGUUGAAAGUGAAGCUUCAUACAUUUGAAUUGUUAUCCCGACAGACCGUGGCUCCCAAGCCUCUACUGCUGGCUGACGACCUUUACAAGUACUCUCUACCAUUACUGACCAAAUUAUACAAGGAGCGGCCGCAGAUGAAAAUUCGUCUGAUGGGCCUUCGCUGUACAAGCCUAGUCAGUACCAAAAAGGGGACGUUUAACUUCUUUAACAGGGGCGAUGCAGGACAGUCAGCAACCUCUAGAUCAGAGGUUAGCAACGAAGCCAUAUCAUCGACAGAGGAGGAAUUCGAAGCUGCAGCCUCCCAAGAGCGGAUGGAGGACAUGGAAAGCCUGGAAAACCUCAGCCAGGAGCUAGAGUCAAGUCACAAAACACACCAAGCUGUGGACGAUGAGCAAAAGACGGCCAAGCUGGACAAAUGGCCCUGUCCAAUAUGUUCUAUCCCGCAGCCCCCCGACCAUGCACAGUUCAACCAGCAUAUGGACUACUGCCUUUCAAGGGAGACCAUCAAGGAGGCCGUCCAGGGGACGCUGGGCUCUGAGGACAGCCCGUCCAUUCCGCCAAACAAGAGGAAAGCUGCCGCUGAGCCAGGCUCUCGCAAACGGCUGUUUUUCAACUAG